AUGGAUCCUCAAUGGGGCUCCUUUGUCGACAGUCCUUCCUCCAGCCGGCAGGCGCGGUAUGCACCUCACAAUCCCCCCACCGCUCAACACCCGCACCGAGACGCCAAUGGGCCUACGCCAGUAAAGCAAGAGGCUUUCCAGUCGCCUUCCAUCGUCUCGCGAGCAGCAUCCAUGGCAAUCUCGUCGCCGCCAGCAGCGCAGAGUCGGGCAUCCGAGUACAACGGUGACGGUGAUGGGGAUGUCCCGAUGGAGGACGCUGAUCCAUACAACAAGCCGAAGUAUCCUUCACGUCCCAAUCACCAACAUAGGCACUCGUCGCAGUUCAUUCAGCAAGAAGACUCGGCCGCUGCCCGGAGGUAUUCACCCAUGAACCUUUCACCCUCGUCGCCCUACGGCGCAACUCCUCAGCAAUCAAGUCAGCCCACCUACAGUAGCUAUACCCCACAGACGCAGGGCUCACGUCAGUCUCCCACCCGCAACAAUCCGUACAUGUCGCCUCCUCAAAGCUACUAUUCUCCUCCAACUCUUACAGCAACCCGCGCCCACGCCUCACAAUUACCACCUAUCCAGUCUAACAUGAGCCCUGAAAGCUACUACCCCCAGUCCGCGACUGCGCAGCUGAACGCGCUGUACGGUCGAGAAGCAAGAUCUCCUAGACAUCCGCAAGCCCCAACCUCCCAACCGCAAACGUCUCGUGGUGCUGUGCCUCGCUUUACCAAAUGUCACAACAUCAGCGACCUCGAGCCAAAGGUGAACAAGCAACCGCCAUUCCGCCGCGCAAACCCUGAGGGUGGCUUCCUCAGCCCGCUUCAAGCUCUGACGACGCACUUGCCCGCUACCUACAGAAUCUGCAAUCCGAACUUCAAAUACGAAUCGUCUCGCAACCCGCGUCGAGUUUUGACCAAACCGAGCAAAGGCGUGAAGAACGAUGGCUACGACAACGAAGACAGCGACUACAUUCUCUACGUCAACGACAUCUUGGGCUCUGAAGAAGCGGGCCACAAGAACCGAUACCUCAUCCUAGAUGUCCUAGGCCAGGGCACUUUCGGUCAGGUCGUCAAGUGCCAAAACCUACGGACUCAGGAGGUUGUUGCGGUGAAGGUUAUCAAGAAUCGGACGGCAUACUUCAACCAAAGCAUGAUGGAAGUGUCAGUGCUUGAUCUGUUAAACAAACAAAUGGACAAGAACGAUGAUCAUCAUCUCCUGCGCCUCAAAGAUACAUUCAUCCACCGGCAGCAUCUGUGCUUGGUGUUUGAGCUGCUCAGUGUCAACUUGUACGAGCUGAUCAAGCAGAACCAAUUCCGAGGUCUCAGCACAACCCUAGUGCGGGUCUUCGCACAGCAACUGCUUAAUGGCUUGGCAUUGUUAGGCAAGGCGAAACUGAUACACUGUGACUUGAAGCCCGAAAACAUCUUGUUGAAAAACCUUGAGAGCCCUAUCAUCAAGAUCAUCGACUUUGGUUCGGCCUGCGAUGAGCGACAAACUGUCUACACUUACAUUCAGUCGAGGUUCUACCGAUCCCCGGAGGUGUUGCUUGGAUUACCCUACUCUGCCGCAAUCGACGUGUGGUCAUUGGGAUGCAUAGUGGUAGAGCUGUUCCUCGGUCUCCCGCUGUUCCCAGGGUCCUCCGAGUACAACCAGGUUGCACGGAUAACAGAGAUGCUCGGCCUACCUCCGACCUGGAUGUUGGAGAUGGGCAAGCAGUCUGGCGAAUUCUUUGAGAAGACCCAAGACGACUUUGGCAGACGGACGUAUCGACUCAAGAGCAUGGAGCAAUACUCGCGGGAGCACGGUACGAAAGAGCAGCCAAGCAAGAAGUACUUCUCGGCGACUACAUUGCCUGAGAUCAUCAAAAACUACCCAAUGCCGCGGAAAAACAUGAAGCCGGCGGAGAUUGAGCGAGAAAUGGCAAACCGAACGGCAUUCAUCGAUUUCGCACAAGGAUUACUCAACCUGAAUCCUCUAGAACGGUGGACGCCGAAUCAAGCGAAGCUCCACCCGUUCAUUACUCAGCAGAAGUACACAGGACCUUUCGUGCCGCCGAUGAUGUAUAAGUCCGGAUCCAGCCGAUCGCCUGCACCCGGCGUGCAAGAGCAGCAGCGGGCAGAAGCCCUGAGCAAGCAACGCGCACAACAAGCUGCUCAAGCGCAGGCCCAAAGCGCUGCCUACGCAAACAUGCAGAUGAGCCAGUACGCCCAAAGCCCACACGUCCAGAGUCCCGCUGCGUACAACAGCAUGUACAGCCCGAACCACCAAGGGGCUCCACCGCCCUAUCCGGCUCAAACUGGCUACGGACAGCAGCUGGGUGUGGUUCAGCAGGGACAAACUCCUCGGUACAACGCUCAGCCGAAUCUAUAUGCCCAAGCAACGACGCGAGCAGGUCGCCAAAGGGCUUCGACCGUAGAUCAGCAGCAGAGCGGCAUUCCACCAGCGUUGCAGCGGGUGAUUAGCCACCUGGAUCCGAAUGCCCCGAUCAGAUUGCAGCCGAGUCCAGCGUACUAUCCUCCGCCGCCCGAAGGUGCCGCUGAUUCAACCUCGGCGAGUGCUAGGAGGCGUGACAGUCGAGCUAGAGGGAAUCGCGCAACAGGCAACCGAGACUUCAUCCGGAAUCUGGAAGACCGCACGCUGGAAGAAGGUUACAUGAGCCAGUCAGGAUGGCACUGA